UUAAUUUCUGAUUUAAGGUUAGGAUUCUGAUAAAAAAAAUUUUAGUAUUGUAAAGUUAAUUAAUAUUUUUUUUAUUGAUUUAUCGUGGUACUAGGAAUCGAAUUCAGUUGUGUCCUAGGGUCCUAAGUUGUGUUGAAUUCAGUUGGAAUCGGAUUGGAUUUUUUUUUUUCUUGAGAUUGAGUGGAACUUGGUUAAGAUUUUCCAUCAGCUCAAGAAAGUAAACCUUUUUGCAAAUUGUUACUCAGAAUUGUGAGUUAAGAGGUAGAUUGCAGGGUGGUUUUGUGCAGAAGGACUUUAAAGUACGAGGUAGUAUCCACACUGUUCCUGAAGGUGAUGACGUUUUUUUUUUUUUUUUUUUUUUUUUUUUUUUUUUUUUUUUUUUUUUUUUUUUUUUGGGUGUGUGUGUGUUGUCCUAUUACUUUAUUUUUGUUGGUAGAAGUUUGUGGAAAGUUGAGGAAAUAGGAUGUGGCAUUAAUUAAUAAUUGUUCCAUCAUCAUUGAGUUGAACAUUUGAGAUGAAUACUGGUGAAGCUAUGAAGCUGCUAGAAGGCCUAAAAGAGUCCCUUUUCUAAAGGAACUAGAGCUCUCCCUUACUUUCUUAUAUUUUAUUACUCUUAUCAUUGAUACUUGAAUGCUCGAACACUCGCAUCGUUUGCUAUAUAUAGGUUGAUGUUGUGAGAACUUAUCAUCUCAGCAAGAAACAGAGCUAAGCAUUUGCAUUGUUGUUUAUCACACAAUUCACAGCCUUCCCUCCUUACUUUUGAAAACCCGAAAAUGUCUCUCAUUCCAAGCUUCUUUGGCCAAAGAACCAAUGUUUUCGAUCCCUUCUCAGAUGUUUUCGACCCUUUGGAUGGUUUUUUCUCAACCGUUGCCAAUGUGCCAUCAGCUCAGGACACCUCUGCUUUUGUGAGCACGAGGGUCGACUGGAAAGAGACUCCUGAGGCUCACGUCUUCAAGGCUGAUCUUCCAGGGCUGAAGAAGGAAGAGGUAAAGGUGGAGGUGGAGGAAGGGAGAGUCCUUCAGAUUAGUGGAGAAAGAAACAAAGAGAAAGAGGAGCAGAAUGAUAGGUGGCACCGCGUGGAGAGGAGCAGCGGAAAGUUCGUACGUCGGUUUAGGUUGCCAGAGAAUGCUAAGAUGGAUCAGGUGAAGGCUAGCUUGGAGAAUGGUGUGCUGACUGUGACUGUCCCAAAGGAGGAAGAGAAGAAGCCUGAGGUCAAGGCCAUUGAGGUCUCUGGCGAAUGAAGCUCUAAUGUUUGCUGUUUCAGAAUGAAUUCUCUUUAUUUGCAUGUGUGAAAUAAGUAUUGAAGUUGCUUUAAGAUAUUUCCUAUCAUCACUGUAUUCGUGUAGAACUAUAUUAUGGAUUUGUACUGUUUAAUGAAUACUUCGAGUAAGAUGUCAAUAAUAUCAUUGUAUUUGGAUUUAUUCUGUAUUUUAUACUUUGUAUAAUAUUUUAGUUACCCUCAUAACUAUAUAAAACGCAGGAGUAAUAA